UCAUAUAGUCAUGUUAUCCUAUACAAAUUCUAGUAAAGGCGAUGCUGAGCAGCUUAGAAGAGGAACUUGGUCUGCUGAGGAAGACUCUCUCCUAAUUCAUUAUAUUGGUCUCCAUGGCGAAGGCCACUGGAAUUUGCUUGCAAAACGAGCAGGGUUGAGGAGAACUGGAAAGAGUUGCAGGCUGAGAUGGCUAAAUUAUCUGAAACCAGAUGUUAAGCAUGGAAACCUUACUCCACAAGAAGAGUGUUUGAUUCUUCAACUCCAUUCCAAGUGGGGUAACAGGUGGUCAAAGAUUGCAAAAUAUUUACCAGGAAGAACAGACAAUGAGAUAAAAAACUACUGGAGAACCCGUGUUAAUAAACAUGCACGUCAUCUAAAGAUUGAUGCUAAUAGCACACCAUUUCAACAUGUUAUUCGAUGUUGUAAUUGGAUGCCAAGACUGCUUCCAGAAAUGGAAUCACUAAACCAAACUUCUCAGCAUGAUCAAGAAUUAUUGACAAUGGAACAAGUGCCAGUACAGGAGCAGAUUUCAGGAUCUACGGAUAUCAUGUCAACUAUAUCCCAAGUUGCAGAGUAUCAAACAAGUCCUUUUAGCAUCAUUAGUAACAAUGAUGACUACGCACUUGCAAAGUAUUGCUAUCAUGAUGAUAAUAUUGAUAAAAAUUGUUGCUAUUACAACUUGGCAUCCACAUCAGCAUUUGAGGAUUUUCCAUACCUGGUUGGCGACUGCCACAAGCCAGAUUAUAAUUGUGUUAAUGAUGGUUUUGCAGAUGGUCUAUGGAGCAUGGGGGAACAAUGACAACUUAGGGACUUGAAUUGAAGGGGAACCCUGCCAUGUUUUUUUUAUAUAUAAUUUUUCAGCAGCUAAAAGUAUCUAUUUUGCAUUUUGGUCCCAAACUUCUCAGCAUAAAACAUACUAGUCUACCUCAUAUUUUCAUUGCUUUUCAGUAGCUUCAUAUUUGUUUCAUUUCUCUCUAACAAUCCCAUUGGCUUGAUAAUCACAUAACCGCCCUUGUUGCUUAC